GGGUAGGGGGCAGACAAUUCCAUGGGUAGACCAGUCUCUCACAGAAGUAGUAGAGACACACUGUGCCUAUGAGAUACCACUGGAUGGAGUCCCUUCUUUCCAUUAAACCAGGACCACUCCAUAGGCACUGUCCCCAGAAUGCACAAUGUUCAGAACCUAAUGACCUCUCCUUUAGGGAACAAUGGGGCCUGGGUGUUCUGGGGAAUCCUAUUGGAUGGACAGUUGGUGGGUGGGUUCCCUAGCCCCAGAGCAAUCGGCUGGCUACGAAGGCUCGACCUUAUGGAUUCCCAACAGGAGCACGUAAGCAUCCCUAGUGAGUGGGUCUCACUGUACUUUGGAUUCCUGGGGCUGUGUUCUGUGGUAACCGGAGGCUGCAUUUUCUUUCUGCACUGGAGGAAGAACUUGAGGCGGGAAGAGCGUGCCCAGCAGUGGGUGGAGAUGAUGAGAGCCUCCACGUUCACCUACAGCCCACUGUUGUACUGGAUUAACAAGCGACGGCACUGUGGCAUGAACACAGCCAUCAACAUGGGCCCUCCCCCUGCUGCCACCAAGACUGAUGCUGAGGUCCAGAAUCCAGAUCCUCUGUGGGAAUUAGACAUCCCUGAAGGCGGGAGUUAUGCUGUCCAAGACAGCAGCCCCAAGGUGGAGGCCCCCAUUCCCCUGCAACCUGCACUACAGCUGGUCCAACAGCAACCCCUACCUUCCCCAAGGCCACAGACCCAGGCCAGCUCCCCACUCCCGAUUCCCAUCUUUCAGGAGGUGCCCUUUGCCCUGUCCCUCUGCAACCUGCCCCCCAUGCUGAACCACUCUGUCUCCUACCCUUUGGCCACUUGUCCUGAAAGGAAUGUCCACUUCAAUUCCCUCCCCACAGUGGCCCAUGGGGACCACUGCUUCAAUGCCAAGCCCUUUGCUUCAGAAUUGUAGCCUCCUCUCUCUGAGGCGGGGGCAGGGGGGAGCUGCAGAUAUCAGGGGAAGAGUGAGAAAUGGAGCUCACCUCAG